GUUGACGUCAGUGUUUGUGAGUGACAGCGUUUUCAAUAAAGUUGUCAGUAUACAAAAAGGCGUGGUUACAGUGUUACAAUAUGUCCGCUUCCGUUGUUUACUGUGUCGUUAGUAAUAUCCCAGCAAAAUUCCGGUCGGUGGAUCUCCGGAAUUAUUUUAGCCAGUUUAUCGAAGGGGGCGGCUUUGCGUGUUUCCAUUACCGACACCGACCUGAGGUUCUCAGAGACCCAGAACAUGAGCCCGGGAAAGAGCAGGCCGAAGAACAGCCGGAGUGUUUACAGAGCGAGGGACCGGAGGAGGGGAGCUCAGAGCCGGCAGAUACCGGAGGACAACCCGCAGCCACAGGAAAGACAACGUGCUGCUGUGUGGUCGCGGUUCAAGCAAACCAGGCGGACCGGUUCGUGAAGAUGUACGCGGGGAAUCAGUGGGUUGGUUCUGAGGGAAGCUGGCUAGGCAGUCGGUGUGUUAUCAGGAAGAUCAGGGUCUCGGAUCAGUCGGAGUCCAACAUGUUUCCUUAUAAAACGAAAAAGGAGCUGAACAGCAAGAUUGCCCUGAGCGAGAGGUUCACUGAAGAGGACUUGACAAGACUGCCUGAGAUGAACCCCCCUGCUCUGAUGCCCAGUGGCAAUGUGGGCACUCCGGUGACUGUGUUCCUGGAGCUCAUCCAGGCUUGCAGACUGCCUCCACGCAUCAUCACCAAACUGGGGCUGAAGUUCCCCAAGACGGGCUCCAAUCGGAGGUACGGGAACGUCCCCUUCGAGUACAGGUCCACUCAGACCGUUCGGCUGGAGGAGGGGGUGUACACUGCCAACGGGGAAGCCAUUACAGGGGGAGAUCUAGGACCUGGUGCUGGGCUUGUGCCUCCUUCAGGGAGGAAGAAACAACCGAGGAAGAAACAUGGGGGUCCUUCGAAAGAUGAAGAAGAGUCCAGCUGCGAAGGUGGAGAUGAUUGUGCAGAGUCCCACUCUGAUGAUGACGAUGACACGUGUGAGGAGUGGGAGCGGCACGAGGCCCUGUACGAGGACGUGACUAACCAGGGGCGCUGCGAGGAGAGGCUGUUUGAAGAGAAGAUCGAGCUCAAGUGGGAGAAGGGGGGCUCCGGGCUGGUCUUCUACACUGACGCGCAGUACUGGAAGGAAGAGCAAGGAGACUUUGACGAACAAACUGCUGACGACUGGGAUGUAGAUAUGAGCGUCUACUAUGACAAAGAUGGAGGGGAUAAGGACGCCCGGGAUUAUGUCCGGAUGAGGUAUGAGCAGCGACUGAGGGAUGGAUUGGAGGAGGGAUCAGUGCAGGGCCAGCGAAUCGGGGGCUUUGAAAAAUACACCAAGGGUAUAGGCAGGAGGGUGAUGGAGAAGCAGGGCUGGAAGGAUGGCUCUGGGCUGGGCCACAGCAAGGUGGGGAUGGCAGAAGCUUUGGAGAACGAGGGGCAGCACCCCAAGUGUAAGAGAGGAUUCGGGUAUCGUGGAGAGAAGCUGAACACUUUCACGGCUGUGAAAAAGUCCCGUCCUGAAUUUAGGAUUUCUACAGUUUAUGACGAACCCGAAGAAAGGGACCAAGGAGAUUCCCUGCUGCGCCGUCAGCCACCCACCAGCAUGAAGUACAGACAGAACCAGACGCUGAGGGGGAGAACGAAGGACAGCAGUCAAAACUAGACUGUCUGUGAUAGUGUGGAAAAAUAAUAUGCUGCAGUGGACACAAUGCUUAGGAAAAAAGGUUGCCGUGUAUCUGUCCAUUUCAGUAAUACUGAUUCAUCAUCCAGAACUUCAAACACUCAGACAUUCUCAGGCAAAACUUAUAAGAAAGUCAAAUUGACAAGUGUUUCACCCAGUGCCUUCAUCACUGUGUUUGAGAGAGGCAUAGCUGAAACCGUUUUUACCUCAGUUUUACCGGUUAGUAAUUGUAUUUAUUACCUUUGUAUAGGAAAAUGUUAUCUUUUACUGUAAACAAUUGUACAGUUAAUACUUUUGUCUCAAUAAUUCACUUUGUUAAUGUUUUCUGAUGUCUAGAUAUUCUUUUAUGUCAUAAACCAGUUAUUUAGCAUAAUUAAAAAAUAAGAUGUUUUUGUGAUAAA